ACUCUUUUUGUCAUGUUUCACAAUGGAGCUCACACAUUGAGAAAACACACACAAAUGGACAUGUCCAGCACACAUUACCAGUACUUCUACUCUUCAUUUCUUUCUUCUUAAAAAAAACACACUUUUUUCAAGGAGAUGAAAACAGUACUAUAAAUUUAUUAUAUAUAAAAAAUGAAAAAAAAUGAAGGAAUUGAUUAAUGGUGGCCCGGGUCAGAGAUUAUUGGCUUCCAUUUACUGACUUUAUUUUUACACUCUAGCUAUAGAUAUAGAUAGAUAUAGACUCACUGUGUAUCUAUUAUUUGACUAUAUUUCAAUCUGUCUCUCUUUUUGUGAAAUACCCACAUAUACAUUGUUGUGAAAAAAGUUUGUUGAAUGAGAAAGAAGGGAGGGAGAAAAGGGGAGAAAAUGGGGAGGAUGCCGUGUUGCGAUAAGGGGGAGGUGAAAAAAGGUCCUUGGAGUCUGGAAGAAGAUAAAUUGCUUGUUGACUACAUUACGAAGAACGGCAUUGUUACUUGGCGUUCUCUUCCUAAACUUGCAGGUCUCCGACGAUGUGGAAAAAGUUGUCGGCUUCGGUGGACAAACUAUCUUCGUCCUGAUAUCAAACGAGGUCCCUUAAGUUCUGAAGAAGAACAAACGGUCUUCCAGCUCCACAGCCUGCUCGGUAACAAGUGGGCAUCCAUAGCAUCACGGCUGCCAGGAAGAACAGAUAACGAGAUAAAGAACUACUGGAAUUCUCAUCUAAGAAAACGUAUCCCCAAGAAAGUUCCAAAUGUACAAGCCAACUCUGCUUCUGAGUCAGUUGAAACAAAAUCCAAGUCACCGUCGACUAACCACGCAGCAGAAUGGGAGAGUGCCAGGGUGGAGGCCGAUGCUAGGAUGUCAAUGGAUCCAAUCAUUCUCAGCGAUCCAACUGCAUUUACUGAUUGUGACUAUUUCCUUCCUGCAUGGAACUCUGAACCUGGUGAAUCAUUUCAAGAAUCAAAAGAUUUCAAUCAGGUGGCAUGUGCUGUAAAAGUUGAAUCAGAUUCUGUGGUCACGAUGCAAGCAGAACCCACAUUCACUGUGAGCUCGACUGGUGCAUCCGCUGAUCAAAUAUGCAAGAUCGAGGCUGAAGAGACUACAAACACUGGCUCAUACUCUCCAGAUUCAUACAAACAAGAGAAAUCAUCAGAUAUAACAUUGGAUCUGCUGCUUGAUUUUCCCAAUGAUGGUGAGUAUCUACAAUAUCUACAAGGUGACCUGAAUGAUAAUUAAGCAUCUACUUGACAGGUACCAUAGGUAGUAACGCCAUAUCCAUGUAAUUACUGUCGUCAGUUUCCUUUUAACUACUCUAAUGCCCUCACCUUGUUUAGAACUCGGCUUUGAGACUUAUUAGGAUUAUGGGCUUUUGUGUCUUAUUUAGGAAGUAGGAUCUAAGAACGCUGUUGUGAAACUUGAUGAUGUAAAUGUUACUUUCAACUUAUGUUACAAAAAGUUUAUCUA